AUGCAGCGUUCUAGCCUUGCAAGAAGAGCAUUUACUGCUGCCACCAAACCCAACAUCGAAACUUCCACUCUUUCGAAUGGGCUUCGAUUAGUUACAGACUCCACACCGGGCCAUUUCAGCGCUCUUGGGGCCUAUGUAGAUGCUGGAUCGAGAUUUGAAAACCCUAAUAAGCCCGGCUUGUCUCAUAUAUGUGACCGUUUGGCAUGGAAGUCUACUGAAAAGUACUCAGGCAUGGAGCUCAUAGAGAACCUUGCCAAGUUGGGUGGAAACUACAUGUGUUCCGCACAAAGAGAAUCUGUCAUCUACCAGGCUUCUGUUUUCAACAAAGAUGUAGAAAAGAUGUUUGAUUGUAUUGCCCAAACUGUGAGAGCUCCUCGUUUCACUGACCAGGAACUCUUUGAGACUCUUCAAACUGCAGAGUACGAAGUCAACGAAGUUUCGCUAAAACACGAUAUGUUUCUUCCGGAAGUUUUACAUUCGGCUGCAUACCAAAACAAUACCUUGGGAUUGCCCUUGUUCUGUCCCCCAGAACGGAUCCCAGAAAUCGGCAAAUCUGACAUCAUCAACUACCACAACCAGUUCUUCCAGCCACAGAACAUCGUAGUGGCAAUGGUAGGUGUGCCUCAUGAACAUGCUGUCAAGUUAGCUGAAAAACAAUUUGGGGAUUGGAAGCCGGCAAAGAGUUAUAGGCCCGACUUCGGAACCGUCAAGUACACUGGUGGUGAAAUAUCCUUGCCUUUCCAGCCUCCCAUCUACAGUAAUAUGCCUGAACUAUACCAUAUGCAAAUUGCGUUCGAGACUACCGGUUUACUCAGUGACGACUUGUAUGCGUUGGCAACUUUACAGAAGCUACUUGGAGGUGGUUCCUCAUUUUCUGCUGGUGGUCCAGGUAAGGGUAUGUUUUCCAGAUUGUACACCAGAGUAUUGAACCAGUACGCAUAUGUAGAGAACUGCAUGAGUUUCAACCAUUCGUACAUUGAUUCUGGUCUCUUUGGUAUAACGAUAUCGUGUUCUCCAAAUGCUGGCCAUGUGAUGUCGCAGAUCAUCAGUUUUGAGUUGUCAAAAUUGCUUGAAAAAGAUCCUGCCAAGGGCGGACUCACAGAGAAAGAAGUCAAGAGAGCCAAGAACCAGCUUAUCAGCUCCUUGUUGAUGAAUAUAGAGAGUAAGCUCGCCAGAUUGGAAGACUUGGGCAGACAGAUCCAAUGCCAGAACAAGAUCACCACCAUCGACGAGAUGAUCCAGAAGAUCGAAAGCUUGUCUCUAGAAGACUUGAGAGUAGUAGCUGAAAAGGUACUUACUGGCAGUGUAAUAACUAAAGGCAUAAGUAGCGGACAACCUACUGUAGUAAUGCAAGGAGACAGAGCUUCAUUUGGUGACGUUGAGUUCAUUCUUCGUCACUACGGUUUGGGGAAGUUUCAAGGUCCUCCAUUGGAAGAACCUAGAGAUUUCUCCAAGAUAGAAAAGCCUCAUAGAUUUGGUAAAUGGUUCUAG